GGCAUGGAGAGCCGACUGUUCAGCCUGGUUGAGAGCCACGGGAAGUCCAUGAUAUGCCUCUACACACACCGGAGAAUGGCCAUCACUGCCGAGGACGUUUGCCUGGACAGGGUUCUACUCAUCCAGGAGGGAUUUGCAGUGGAAGAAGUGACCCCAGAGAAUGACCUGCAAAUUCCAGGCUCUGAUGUUACAGUCCAGAUUACCUCCUGUAGUGCCAACCUGCUGGUGAGGCUGCCCUUUGGCUCACAGACCCAGAUGUUCCUGCAGGAGGUCAGGAAGUGCUGCAGUCCAGGGAACAAAGAUGCAAUGGUGGUGGACCCAGAAUGGAGCACUGGUGGUGAAGUCAAGGCUGCCUCCACUUACGGACAUCAGAACCUUUCCAGGCCAAAGAGUGCCAGCGAGACGGUCCACUCGUCCAGUGUGACAGCCUCUGAGUGGAGACAGAGCCUGUCCACUCGGCCGCCUGGGAUGAGAGACACCCUCAUCCACUCUUGGCUCAAGCAGAAGGAAAAUUCGUACACAUGCAUCCAGAGCUUCAGGUUCUUUGUUGGGACGUACAAUGUGAAUGGCCAGUCACCCCGAGAGAGCCUCCGGCCCUGGCUAAGCCAAGAAGGGGAGCCUCCUGAUGUCUACUGUGUGGGCUUCCAAGAGCUUGACCUGAGCAAAGAGGCCUUUUUCUUCAACGACACGCCCAAGGAGGAGGAAUGGUUUAAGGCUGUCACGGAGAGCCUUCACCCAGGAGCCAAGUAUGCCAAGGUGAAGCUUGUCCGACUGGUUGGGAUCCUGUUGCUGCUGUAUGUGAGGACGGAGCUCGCCAUGAACAUCUCUGAGGUGGAGGCCGAGACAGUUGGCACAGGCAUCAUGGGUAGAAUGGGCAACAAGGGCGGGGUGGCCAUCAGGUUCCAGUUCCACAACACCACUGUCUGCGUGGUCAACACCCACCUGGCAGCCAACCCUGAGGAGUACGAGCGGCGGAACCAGGAAGUCCAAGACAUCUGUGCCCGCAUGCAGUUCCACCAGCUGGAGCCCAGCCGCCCUCUCCUUGCCAUAAAUGGACAUGAUGUUGUCUUGUGGUUGGGAGACCUGAACUACCAGCUGGAGGAGCAGGAAAUGGAGUGGGUGAAGAAGCUGAUCCAGGCUCGGGACUUCCACGCCCUUCAUCAGCACGACCAGCUGAAGAUUCAGAUGGGGGCCAAGGUUGUCUUUGAGGGCUUCAGGGAAGGAGACAUUUCUUUCCAGCCAACCUACAAAUACAAACCUGGCUCUGAUGACUGGGAUGAUAGUGAGAAGUGUUGUGUCCCAGCCUGGUGUGAUAGGAUCCUCUGGAAAGGGAAGACCGUCUCUCAGCUGAGCUACCGAAGCCACAUGACUCUAAAGAACAGCGACCACAAGCCUGUCAGUGCAACCUUCGACAUUGGGGUAAAGGUGGUGGAUGAGAAAUGCUAUCGCAAAGCCUUUGAGGAAAUAGUGCGCUCUUUGGAUAAGAUGGAGAACGCCAGCAUCCCGUCAGUAACUCUGUCCAAGAGAGAGUUCCUUUUCAAGGAUGUGAAGUACCAGCAGCUUCAGGUGGAGUCUUUCACCAUCUGCAAUGGCCCGGUCCCCUGCCAGUUCGAGUUUAUUAACAAGCCCAGUGAAGGCACCUACUGCAAGCCGUGGCUGAUCGCAAAACCAAGCAAGGGCUUCCUGUUGCCAGAUUCCGAGUUGGUGAUUGAGUUGGAACUGUUUGUGAACAAAUCAACAGCAACAGCCUUGAACUCCGGAGAAGACAAGCUGGAGGAUAUCUUGGUACUCCACCUGGACAGGGGCAAGGAUUAUUUCUUGUCUGUGUCGGGGAACUACUUGCCCAGCUGUUUUGGGUGCCCCAUCCAGGCCCUCUGCUACAUGAAGGAGCCCAUCCGAGAAAUGUUGCCAGAGGCCAUCAGAGAACUGACCUUGAUGCCGCUGAUGACAGACGAUGCUUUUCGGGACGAGAAGCCCUUGGACAUCCCUAAAGAGUUGUGGAUGAUGGUGAACCACCUUUACCGCAAUGCUUGCCAGCAGGAAGACCUGUUUCAGCAACCAGGCCUGCGGCCAGAGUUUGAACAGAUCCGUGACUGGUUGGACACAGGGACAUUGGAUGUGCUUGGGCCAGUUGGCACCAACCACUCUGUGGCAGAAGCACUGCUGCUCUUCUUAGAGAGUCUUCCCGAGCCGGUCGUCUGCUCCAGGUUGUACAGAAGAAGCCUGGAGUGUGCCAACAGUUACGAGAUGAGCAGUCAGGUUAUUUCUAUGCUGCCCAAGUGCCAUCAAAAUGUUUUCCAUUACCUGGUAGCAUUUCUGCAGGAGCUGCUGGAACACACUGGGAAGAAUCAUUUGGAUGUGAAUAUUCUUGCGAGCAUCUUUGGAGGCUUGCUGCUGCGCCUGCCCACCGGCCGCUCCAAACCAGGCACGGCAGAGAAGCAGAAGGCUCAGCAGUUCAUCCAGCAGUUCCUCUGCCGGGAAGGGAGCACACUGUGA